CCGACUGGGCAUGACAGAUCAUCUUAAGCAAAUCAAAUACCCAACUCUCUCACACAUUCUCAAGCUUUUAGUUUUUCCCAAGGAGAGAAGAAAGAGAGAGAGAGAGUUUUGUGAAUUCAAGAAGAAGAAGAAGAAGAAAAAAAAAGAGUUAGUUAAUGGGAUUCGGCUUAGAGAGCAUCAAAUCAAUCUCCGGCGGUUGGGGCGCGGCGGCGCGUUCCUGUGACGCUUGUAAAUCAGUAACCGCCGCCGUGUUCUGCCGAGUUGACACAGCUUUCCUAUGCAUAACAUGCGACACGAGAAUCCACUCCUUCACCCGCCACGAGCGCGUGUGGGUUUGCGAAGUCUGCGAACAAGCUCCCGCCUCCGUCACUUGCAAAGCCGACGCCGCAGCUCUCUGCGUCACCUGUGAUUCCGAUAUCCACUCAGCUAACCCACUCGCUAGCCGUCACGAGCGUGUCCCCGUAGAGUCUUUCUUCGACUCAGCCGUCGCAAAAGUCUCUGCUUCUUCCACUUUUGGCAUCCUCGGCUCUUCAGCCACCGUCGAUUUAACCGACUCUGUUCCGGUUAUGAACGAUGAUCUCGGUUUAUGUCCGUGGCUGCUCCCUAACUACUUCAACGAACCGGCUAAGAUCGAAAUCGGAACUGAAAACAUGAAAGGUUCCGACUUUAUGUUCUCUGACUUCGACCGUCUCAUUGAUUUCGAGUUCCCGAACUCGUUGAGUCAUCAGCAUCAACAUCAACCGUCCGGAGGAGAUAGUCUUGUUCCGGUACAGACCAAAACAGAGCCGCUUCCGUUAACUAACAACAAUGAUCAUUGCUUCGAUAUAGACUUCUGCAGAUCAAAGCUCUCUUCUUUCACUUACCCAACUCAAUCAUUGAGCUACGGUGUAGUUCCUGCUGAUCAAAGCUCUCUGCUUUCGACUUCUUCACUCGAAUACGGUGUAGUCCCUGACGGAAACACCAACAACAACUCUGUUUCUGAGAUCUCUAUCCCGUUUAACCGAAGCACGAUCACUACCUCGACGGCGGCGACGACUACUGGUGGUGAUCAGACGAGCUCUAUGGAUAGGGAAGCUAGGGUUUUGAGGUACAGAGAGAAGAGAAAGAACAGGAAAUUUGAGAAGACGAUUCGUUACGCUUCGAGGAAAGCUUAUGCAGAGUCACGACCAAGGAUCAAAGGCAGGUUUGCUAAAAGAACAGAGACUGAGAACGACGACGUUUUCCUCAGUCAUGUUUAUGCUUCAGCUGCCGCACAGUACGGCGUCGUACCAACGUUCUGAUUCAAAAAAGUCUACGGUGGAUAAAAUAAUCAACAUCAAAACUCUCUCAUCUUCCACCGUUCGAUUUACUGGGAGAUGUAUAAUAAGUAUAGUGAGUCUUACCGUAGACAAACAAUCUUAUCUUCUUUUACCCGUUUACUCUUUUUUACACGCUCUCUCACUGCCACUAUAAGGCUGUAACUUUUUUUUUUCUUUUUUCUUUGAUAUAUAUAAUGUAUGCUUAUUUUUUUUCUUUAGAAAUGUUAUAAAAAAACAUAUAAUUUGGUAAUUAUAAUUUCGAUUGGCUGA